AUUUCAUUCUCCAAACUAUCAUCCCUUGUAUUCACGUAUACUCUCUCCCAUCAAGAAUUUGUGCUGUAAAAAUCGUUAUUUUCAGUCAGGGACAUUGGGACCCUUCAGUUUUCUUAUUUCACCUCUGCUGUCGCUACCAACAUACCCUCCACAGCCUCAAAAUGCCAGAACAACAUAAACUUUACCAAUUUAGCCCCUCGGUGCCCGCUGCCGCCGUUGCAGUCAUAGUCUUCACUAUCCUCCUCUGCGUCCACCUCUUCCGGCUCUUCAAAACCAAAACCUGGUUCUGCAUUCCCUUCGUCGUUGGAGCCAUCUUUGAGAUCAUCGGCUACGCCGGUCGAGCCUAUGGCCACUACCACCCCCAACUCCUCGGCCCCUACAUCAUGCAAUACCUGCUCAUCCUCCUCGCCCCCAUCCUCUUCGCGGCUUCCGUGUACAUGGUUCUCGGUCGCAUCAUCCGUGCCACAGGCUUCGCGUCCUACUCACUUGUUCGCACCACCUGGCUCACGAAGAUCUUCGUUGGCGGCGACAUCGUCUGUUUCUUAAUCCAAGCAAUGGGCGGAAGUAUGAUAGCGGGCACGAAAGAUCCGUCAGCGCGGGAUCGAGGGAAGUUGAUUAUUCUCCUCGGCCUUGUGUUGCAGGUUGUUAUCUUCGGGUUUUUCAUGCUGGUUGGUGUGGUGUUUCAUGUGAGGAUGCGGAAGCGGGAGGGUGGAAGGUCGGCAUUUUCGGAUUUUAAUUGGGAGAGGUAUUUGGGGAUGUUGUAUGUGGCUAGUGUGCUGAUUACGGUGAGGAAUGUGUUUCGUGUUGUGGAGUAUGCUAUGGGUGAGAAUGGACCGCUUCUAGCAACAGAGUGGCCGAUAUAUGUUUUCGACGCUCUGCUUAUGGCUGCAGUACUUGUCAUCUGUUCAUUCUGGUACCUGGGAAGGAUGGUGUCGAAGGACAACGGACUAGAGGAUCAUGAGAUGAUGGUAGAUGGAGAGAUCCGCGGACAAAGCGGACAUUGAGACAUCUGGAAUUCAGCUUUGGGAAACUCUGGGGCUUUAAGUUUGGUAAAAAAUGUUGCGAUAGGUACACGUAGUUAUCUGCUUUAUG